AUGGAAAUUAUUACGCCAUAUGCUGAGGCUAACUUAAAAGCUGGCUUCCGAAAGUGCGGUAUAUUUCCCUUGAAUAUCGAAGAAGUCCUAAGCCGUAUCCCUAGGAGUACUUGCAAUCCGGAUGUAGUUCAAUCAGCGUUUCUAGAAUCUCUUGAAGCGAAACGGACAGCGAUAACCAACACUACAACCAAGCGUAGAAAAAAGAUAAACGUUCCUGCUGGAAAAAGCGUUAGCGCCGAUGAAUCCAUAAUUACUGAAGAGACCUCGUUAGACGAGCUUACUGCUUCUUUUUCCAGACAGGAUGAAGAUGUAGUAUUUGAUGACAACUCUUCGGACGAUGUCAACUUUGAAGAGUUGGACAAAGAUCAACAGAUAGAAAAGGAAUUUAUGAGUUUUAUAGAAGGUCAAAAAAAUGAAUUUCAUUUUGCGAACGUGAUCCGAGAAGUGAGUCGUUUCGUAGUAUUCUCCUAUAUGGGACAAUUAUUCCCAGGGGAAAUUGUAGCUUUUGAUGACGAAAAAGUUACUAUAAACGCGAUGGAAAAGUCCCUUAAGAUGUGGAAAUGGCCUUCAAGACGCGACGAACUAACGUACCCUUGGUCUGACGUUCUAGGCGGCAUUGCUACACCCAAGAAAAUUUCCAAAAGAGGAACCUUCUCUGUUCCUGAGUUAACACCACUUUUUGAUCUAUGUUAA